AUGGAUUUCUAUUUCAUUCCAGAUACAUGUGCUCUAGCAGUCCAUAUUGCUUGCCAUGAAGCCAACAUUCCACUCCAACUUCGUGAGAUUGAACGAUCGCCUACGGGUCUGAGAAUAAAAAGCACAACAGCACUUCCAUCCGAUUACAUGUCUCUGAACCCCAAGCAAAAAGUACCAGCUAUCGGGCUUCCAAAUGGAAGUAUCUUGACGGAAACUCAAGCAAUUCUCCAAUACAUUGCAUGGGAGCUUGCCCCUGCAGCGCAGAACGGGGACCUUCUUCCUAAGAGCGGAUUGGAGCGUUGGAGAGCUGUCGAAUUACUCAAUUUUAUUACGACAGAGAUCCACAAGGCGUUUUCUCCGUUGUUCAAUCCCGAUAUGUCAUCAAAACAUCGCGAGCGGGCCAUUAAGGACUUGGGGCGGGCUUUCACCAUAUUGCAGGAUACCUUGGGUGAAAAGGAAUUUCUCAAUGGGCAGGAAAUUAGUGUGAUAGACUGCUACGCUUGGACUUUGCUCUCAUGGACAAGAUUUUUCGAUGAUGUUGACUUGGCCGAAUGGCCCUCCUUGCCAUCGCUCAUUCCGGAGUGGUACGCUGUUCUGGAUGAUAUCUAG